UACAAAUGUAAAUUUUUUCCCUCAACAAGAAGGCCGUUCCAAUUGAUCCGGCAACUACAGUCAAACUGAAACCUCUUGGGGAGGGUUUACCGUAAACCCAUUCCCCUGUUCCAUUUUGGUAAUCCUUUCCAAUUGAGUAGGAAUUCUUGAAACAAACUCCCAAUAAUGAGAUUUCACUCCACACUCCAUUUACUCAAAGGCGCCACCGCCACACUACCGUGCCGCCGCUCCUUGUCUUUGUACUAUCGCCAAUGUCGAGCGUACAACCCAUUCCGACAACCCCUGUUCGCGAGAAAACCCGGAAUUUCUGAGCCCCCUUCUCGUUUUUUCACCUACUUUUCGAUUAUCCGCAGACCCUUUUCGUCUAUAUCGUCGGAUUCUAAAAUGGGGUUUCUGAACUGGUAUUUGGGUAUGCUGGAUGCUCGCCCGAUUCUGACGAAAAGCGUAUCGUCGGCCAUUAUUUAUGGGGCAGCUGACACUACCUCUCAGCUAAUCACAAUGGAGCCUAAGGAUACAUGGGACUCGAUAAGGACGUUGAGAAUGGCCGGGUUUGGGCUGAUUAUUUUAGGCCCGGCACAGCAUGUGUGGUUUAAUUUCAUGGGGAGAGCACUGCCCAAGAGAGAUAUGGUUACUACCUUCAAGAAACUAGCAAUGGGCCAGCUUGCCUAUGGGCCUAUGAUUAAUGGGGUUUUCUUCUCUUUUAAUGCAGCCCUACAAGGAGAAAGUGGAAGUGAAAUUGCUGCCAGAUGGAAAAGGGACCUGAUUCCUACUUUGCUUAAUGGCCUUAUGUACUGGCCACUGUGUGACUUCAUGACAUACAAAGUCAUUCCUGUUCACCUGCAGCCCUUGGUGAAUAGUUCUUUUUCGUACCUGUGGACCAUAUACUUGACGUACAUGGCGAGCUUAACGAAAGCUGUUCCAAACUAACUAUUUGUAACCUGGCAUUUCACACAAUGCAAAAUUUUUGAGAUGGUCAAGAAUAAUAACUCUAGUUUCCAGUCGUAAGCAACUUUUGGUAGUUUUAAAUCUGUUGAAUGGUAUCUUAUAGUUUUUAAUUUUUUCUUUUUCCAACAACCUGGCGGUAAAGUGUCGAUCAGUGUUUUAGUCUAUGGCUUCAUUUGUCUCUAUCUUUAUAUGUUGUGGAUGCAGA